AUGUCAACAAAAGAGCUUCGCGAUGCAUUCCCAGGAAAGGACGCUUCCGCACGCGCCGGCAAACGCUGGAUCCGCAGUGCCUUAGCAUUCCGCGAUAUAGACCCAAGCGAAAUGGAUUGGGUAAACAACUGCAUCUGGGUCGGAAAAUACCUCUACUUCACACAUCGAAAAGAUAUAGAAGAAGGACUUUACUGCUUCGACGCUCCAGCUGAGACCGCUCGCGUUCUUGCGCGAGAUAUCGAACAAGCUAAAAUGGUGAGUCUUCCUAGUUCUUACUUGAGGCAGAAGAAACUUCUCCUGACACAUCAGUAAGUCCAAAAUGAUAAGGUGGCGGUGGCUUCUCGCUGGUGCCGAAUUCAAAAUAGGAUUAUUUCUAGCUCUGCUUGGUAUUGUUCGAAUUCUUUGUGGUGCUUGGUUGCCUGGCUUCAUGUUGUUCAUCCCGAUAAUCGUCCAUUGGGUGCUACGAGUUUCGCUCCCCCAAUAUCCUGAGAAACCGCUGGUGGAUAUUGUUACGGAUUCUCUAGGGUAAGUUGAGCUUCGAUUACUACAAUGGUAAGAUGAGCGCUGACAAAGGAUAUCAAGCUUCACAUCUGAACAAGCCCCUUACAGUCCUAGAAAACCGAGAAGUCCACCCAAGAGAAGAACAGGUCCUUACGGCACUGUACCGUCCCCGAAGACGAAAUUCACACACAGUUAUUAUGGGACCCCCAGUUCUGAUAGGUUUGCCGCUGACUGGUAG